AUGGAGCCAUCAUGGUCUCACAUUCCAAGCAUCAAUUUGCAGCCUCCAGCGGUUGAUUUUAUUGACAAUCGCUUGGACUCAUAUCAUCCUGCCUUUGCGACGCCACCAUCACGAUACGAUGCAAGCCUAGGAGCUUAUAUAGUUUGCGAAGAGCAUUGUUCUUCACAGUCAUUAGUUACUCCAGCAAGUGGUUCGCGCCCGACAACACCUCAAAAUGUGCAAAUUCCGCAAAGGCAGCUUUCGGCAGAGCCCAUGGAUGCACUUGAAUUCUGGGAUACGUUGUUUCCUCUUGCCAUGGAUCUACUCAAGGAAAAGCACUCAACAGACCCUGAUAUAAAGCAGGAAUUCAAGAUCCGCGAUAAGGCAGAUUGUACAAGCGUCUUUGAUCAACUUGAAAAGGCUAAGGAUUCGUACAGCAAGAAAGACAAGGGCUUCAAAGCCACGUUCACACGAGUAUAUAGAAAGCUUGCCGACAAUGUCGAUCCUGUUAUUGGCGCUACCAAGUUCGUGCCCAAUAUCGAUUAUGUAACUCCAGUAUUGGGAGCUGUUCAAGUCCUUCUUGAGGCAGCGAAGAAAGCCGCAAAAGUGCGAGAGGAGGCUCUUAGUUCUUUCGAUGAUAUUGACAAGGUGUUUAAGCAGGUUGAAGGGUUUCUUCACAUAUACAAGAACGACAAGAAUCUUGAGAAGGCCGCCAUCGAUUUGAUUGCUGCAGUCUUUCAUGCCAUUGAAUGUGUGAUUUCAUUCUUCAUCAAAAGUCCUGGCAAAAGAGUGAUGGCUGUCACUUUCAAUCCGGAAGGUUAUCAGCAAAGGAUAACGGAAAGUCUGGCUGCGAUUAAAGCUCAGAGUGAAAACCUCAUCUAUGAAGCUGAUAUGUCAGGAAAGUAUGAAACGAGCAACGGGUUGCAUAUGGUUUUAGACCGGAUGGCAACGCUUGAUGAAAUACACCGCAACCAGCACUUCCUAAAUACAUCAAUUUUGUAUCUCUUUAAUGAGUUCCAAAACAACUUUAGAGCGAGCGAAAUGGAGAGGAUGGCAUACAAUAACUCCCGUCCUUGUUCGCCUAUUCCCCCCAUGGCGCGAGUGAAUUUUGGGCAAUACGUCAACCCGCAAGACCUUCUAGACUGGAUCAAUAUCCGCGACCUGAGAGGAAGGGAUUUGGAACGCAUCAAUAGGGCAAGACAUGUGCGAGUACCUGCCAUUGAACAAGCCCAUGCUGAGCAGCUCGUACAUACUGCACAGCUAAAAGAGUGGCUCGUCUCCCCACGCUCAUCACAGCUACUUGUUCAUGGAAAUUACGACAGCAGACGACGAGUAUCAGGGCUAACGCUGUUAUGCGCAUCCUUGGCCGAUUCUCUCGGAAGCAAUCCCUUAAGGUGUAUCCACCUAGUGUUCUACUGUGGAUUGCAUGACAACUGUGAUGUAGAUGAGCACACUGGCGGUCGUGCUAUCAUCCAAAGCUUCAUAUGUCAGCUCCUCUGCCAGUAUGACUUUAGCACAUCGAUCUCAGCCGAUGACGUGAGACCGGAUUUACUCUACCGAGGUGAUAUCCAUGAGCUUUGCUGCUUGUUUGAGCGAAUCGUCUUCCAGCUACCAAGAUCGACUCUGCUGGUUUGCUUAAUCGACGGCAUCGUGUACUAUGAGCGAGAGGAGUUCAAAGAGAGCAUGGCUGACGUCUUGGUAACCAUUCUUCGAAUUUCAGACGAACAAAAGACAGACGCGACAGUCAAGGUUCUGGUGACAAGUCCUAUGAGAACUAUCCUAGUUCGUCGACCAUUUCCUCAUGAACUUAUCCUGUCUAUGGAAUCGAGGGCUAGGUCAGUGGUGACCCCGAGUAAAGGCAGACUUCAGCGACAUUUAAGAGAGCAGGUGAAUGGUGCAUCGGAACUGGAGAAUAGACCAGAUGAUCAAGAGUGGGCAUGA